ACUACGGGACGGAACAAAACUUCCAAAGACACACAAGGGGAAUAUUGUGUCGCGGCAGAAGUUUAGUUAGCUACGUUUAUCAUUCAUGUUUCUACCCUCCUGACAGUGAUUUUUAGAAACGCUCGUACCAUAUGCGUUAAAUAAACUCCCAGAUAAUAGUGCAAUGAAGUUUAAAGGCACCUCGAAAACUACGUGCACAUUAAGUUAGUCAAGCAAAGCAACUGAAAGGCAAAACUGACUCUACCACUGGAAAUUUCUGGGCACUACAGCAUGGAGGGCUGCAGUGAGCAAAGAGGAGAAUUUCUACUGGAGUUACACCUGUUAUGUGACUCUGACGCAUCCUGCACAAAGUCAGUAGGGACGGACCUCUCCAUGGAGGAUAUUGGUAACCUACAAACAGAAGUCUGUGAACUGAGAAAAGUGAUUGCAGUGCUGGAGAGAAAGUUAAAUCAGAAUCCAGAAAAACUUUCUAAGGAGGAUGUUCCCACUUGGAGUUCUGUCUAUAAAACUGAACUAAACUGCACAGAAACACAAGACUCUGAUCACAGUGGUGAAGACCAGCAUAUACCACAGGACAUGGAGAAUGUACCCAAUCAGUCUCCGGUGUGUAAAACUGAACCAAACCCCACAGUCACACUGGAACCUGACUGUAACACUCUUAACCUGCACACACUGCAGAACAUGGAGGAUGAACCCAGUCAGUCUUCUGUUUGUGGACCUGAACAGGCCUCUGUUGCCGCACUGGAGUCUGUAUGUGACCAUGAGAAUCAGUCCACACUGCAGGAGGAUGUACCUAGUCUCUCUCUACACUGUUAUAGUGACCCAAACCCUACAGAGUCCCUGGACUCUGACUGUGAUGGAGGAGACCAGCACACAAUGCAGUCUCCAUUAAAGACAUGUUCGGUUAGACUUGUGGACUGCAGGAAAAUUCUGGAGCUGAAUGGAAACAUCAUAGCACAGAGAGACCAGAGUGGUGGUGAUGAUGCUGAAUGUGCUGGGGAUGAUGAUGAUGAUGAUGAGGGUGACUGUGGUGAUGGUGAUGAUGAUGGUGAUGAUUUUGUUCCUUCAGGUGUAAACAGAACGUCUUCUAAAUGCAGUGGGUCCUUUCCGUCCAAGGAGCUAAAUCAUGUGAAAAGGAAGUACACUAAAUAUGGAUUAAAACCCUUCACCUGCACAGAGUGUGAGAAAAGAUUUUCCACACAGAGUUAUCUGAAAACACACAUGAUGAAACACACCGGAGAGAAGACCUUCCACUGUAACGAGUGUGGGAAGAAUUACAGUACUAAAGGCAAUCUCAAAGUUCACCAAAGUUUACAUGCAAGAAGAGAGACAUACAGGUGCUCCCCCUGUGCGAAGGUCUUCACUAAGCUCACUGUCUUUAAAGCACACCAGGCGAGGCAUGGUGAAAAGCCCUUCGACUGCAGCGUGUGCGGGAAACGUUUCAGCUGUAAAGGGAAUCUUAAGGCACAUCUGAGAGUUCACACAGGGGAAAAACCUUACCAGUGUUCCUAUUGUGACAGGAGCUUCAGUUACAAAACCCACUGUAUGAACCAUGUACGCUCACACACAAACGAGAGGCCAUACCAGUGCUCGUUCUGUGAGAAAACGUUUUGCAGAUCCCAUGGUUUAAAAGCACAUGAAGAAUUACACACUGCAGAAAAGCCUCACAAGUGCUCUCACUGUGGGAAGAGUUUUAAAGUAAUGAGGUAUUUACUGUGUCACCAGAGAAUACACACAGGGGAGAAGCCUUACCUCUGUGCUCAGUGUGGGAAAACAUUCACGUGGUUGAAGGACUGCUUAACGCAUCAGAGAAUACACACUGGCGAAAGGCCGUACAUGUGCGCUACAUGUGGAAAAAGGUUCAAUAAACCUUACAGUCUUAGUGUGCAUAAAAGAGUUCAUACUGGAGAUAGGCCUUACAAAUGCUCUCAGUGUGAGAAAACCUUUGCUAGGCUGGACACUUUAAAAACCCACCAGAGGAAGCAUUCUGGGGAGAAGCCUUACCGCUGUACAGUGUGUUCAGAGACCUUUGCCUACCUGGGCAGUUUUCACUCUCACAAGAAAAAACACAUGAGGUGCACUGCCCUCAGCUAAGGCUAGGUGGCAGUGUUCUCUGGGUGGGCAUGGAUUGGUGAAAUAGUGGGUUUUGUUUUCAGUUUCUUGCACAACUCUGGCUUGACUUGUGCAACUUCCCUGCUUGUCUGUUUAAAAGGCAAAACGAGCUUUGUUUUCUUUCUCUCAGAUCCUGAAGGACUUGGCUGGCCAUGCUUCUUCAUGGCGCCUGAGCCAUUUGUGUUUCUGGUCCUCUCAUACACUGGGGCCAUUAAGGCUUUUUGUUGGUAAACAAAAUUACCAUGUAGUGAUUUAUAAUAAUGAAAAUUUUUUUUUUAAAAUUUACUCAUCCACUUCAUUUAUAAGGCAUUUUAAAAAAUAGGUUUACAAGCUGCCUUGCAGAAAACAUGUAAUGGAAAUAGAAUACAAAUCGAUCUGAAUAAGUAAAAACAAAAUGUAAAGCAAAGGAUAAAAGUGCAGCAGUUACAGGUUAAUUACAGGCUAAUUAAAACACUAAUCAUAGCAGAGAGAGAUCUUUACUGUCCUCUUAAAUGCACUUAUAGCAGCCCUCAUGUGAUUAGGAAGGAAACUGCACAGAGUAGGGCAAUUGUAAGAAAAUACUUCCCCUACUCUCUGUAGGCAGGUAGGUGGUAUGACUGGCAUAUUUCUCUUAUAAAGCCAAACCUUGAUUGGAACCUAAGAAUCAGUUUAUUGUGAUGUUGAGACACCAUGCUGUUGGGAGGAUGUCACAGAACUUGGACGUAUUUCUAAAGGGGUAGAAUGCCAUUUUGCAAACAUUACUUCAUGCCCUUAGGUUCGUAAAGAUAAUGACAUUGUCGAAAGUAACUGCUGAUUUUUGAGUUUUUAGCAUUCAAUGAUAUGGUCUCUACACGUGACAGUGUAACAUUUCUCAAUGCACUAGUAGAGGAUAAUUUGAUUUCCUCUAGUAAAUAAAGGAGAUGAUCGGCCAUCGAGGUCCAGUAGCUGUAGAUGUACAUGGUUGCGCAUCAUCAGCAUCCUGCUAAAAAGAAAUGUGUAUUCUCAUUAACCUGACUAACAAGAGAUUUCAUCCCUUGAUGGAACACAGAGACUUCACAGGAAGAAAACAUGUCACUGAUGAAUAAGUUCCAAAUGCAGAUUAAUAUUCAUAACCCACAGGUAGGCUUAGAACCAAAUUAAAAUAUUUGUUCUAGUCCUGUACAAAACUUAUCAUUCUGCCUUUUUCCUGUGCAAGCCAAAGUGUGUCUCCUUGAAGUCCUUGUAGCCUAGUUUAAGGGGUUUCAACCUUUCUGGACAGGCAACCCCUUCCGUUGUGUACUUUGAACCCCCAACUACAUUCACCCUCAUGCAAAACUGAGAAAACUCUUGAUAAGCUAAAAAUAAUAUAACGUUCUGCAUGUCGUACAUAUGAUUCACUUUUGCUGAUUUAAAUAUAUACUAUAAAAAGAUAAUUGUACCUUAUUCUGUGUGACAGCUGAGCCUGUUUCUGCAAGCAGAUCAUAGGAAUUGAAAUGUCACUGUGGUUUAGCCAGUUGUCCAUUUCUGAGUAGCCAGCAAUGGCUACUCUGUCCGCUAGCUUGUCUUUGAAUGUCAGAUGCUUGGUGUUUGUGCCUUACUAAUUUCACAGGUUUGAAACCUUUGCAAGUACCUCUGAUCAUAACACAUUGGGUAUUGUUCUUCAUUUAGUAUGAUGCAUGUAAAUCCAUAUUUUAUUUACCUUUCAUCAUCCUAUCUGCAUUUUGAUGCAGUCUUUGUUUUUUCCACUCUCUUAAACCAAUUUAUUCCCCCCCCACACACACCUGAGGUGCCUAGCCCUAAUCGCUAGGUGUAUGCACAACACAAUGUGACAAUUUUAGUAAAUUCGUAAUCAUCGUAUAUGUGUUUUAAGAUCCUUUCCUUGUUUCAUUGCUAAAUGAUAUUGGUCGAGCAAUAAAGGCUCCCCUUUCUAUUGUGUUACUGGUUCACAAGCCUGUGCCCAUGACUCACGGUCAGUGGUGAAAGAAAUGACACAGCUGUUCAUGAUCCACUGGAAUUGAUUCCUGAAGCUGGCACAUUCAGGGCUUCAUACAUUAGCGACAGCCUUUCAAGAUGAUGACAUAGCAGGAGUCUUUGUACUAGUAGGUUCUUGUAGGCUGUCCUUAUUUUUUGUUGAAGACUCUAGAAAUGAUUAAUUGCUGGUCAUGUGGCAAAACGUAUCUAUCACCACAAAACAUAACUAGUUUGCUUGAUAAAAAAAAUGUAGGUAAUGAAAAGGUUGUUGAGUGAAUUCUGAUAAACAUGCACAAGAAGAUUAAAACACUUUUUUUAAGA